AAACCUGCUGCAACACUGACUGUGAGUGAAAGGCAGCUGAUAACCAACUCCCAACCAGCAGCUGACUGGCUACAGCAAGCAUCAGUGAGGUGAAGACUCCAUAUCUACCCGGCUGAGAGAGAACUUCCCACACCGAAUCACGGCGCAGUGCUGUUCAAAGUGGACUGCAUACAAUAGAGGAAAUCAUUUGGCUCUGCUGCCUGUGAAGUUGAUUUGUGCACCCUGAAAAGGAACUAAUCAAACAUUUACCAGAGGAGAGUGAAGCUGAAACGGAGAGGCAGAGCGAGAGAAGCUCUGCCCCCUUGAAACCAGCUCAGAGACUGUUGUCUUGCCUGGGUGAACCCGUCCGUCAUUCCCAACAAACGUGUUUAAUAUCAUCGCCGAACUGUGACUUUUAUCUUGUAAUAUUUGUAAUAUUUUGAACCUUAACAACAGAUCGGUCUCUUCGAUAAGGACUCUUUGUUGAGAUUUGCUGAGCUGUAGAAAUCUCGCUGCAUUGCAUUUCUCUCUUCGCUGCUCAUGAAAUUAAAAGCCACAACCUGCCUUUUUCAAGCAAGUGUAGCAUAGCAAAAUACUAUUUUUGCAUGACCCACUGCUUGCAUGAGUAUCCAGGAUUGCUUUUGACUUCCAAGAAGGACCCUUAAGCUCUCAUCUAUCUCCUGGCUGUCUACCCAACAGUAGCAUUUGUGUGUGGAAGGGGUGGCUGAAGAAUUAGGCCUCUGGACACUCGCUGAAGAUGACUUAAGUUGGCAGGCCUAAAAGCCCCUUACCCAGAGAAAGAAGGAGAUCUUGGCAGUGGGACGCACAUCUGCACACAAACACAGAAAUGUUGAUGCCAUGGCGGCUUUGAACCAUGCUGGUGCAGCUACUUGUAGAGCCCUGGAGUACAGGCUAUCAUCAUCCCUAUCAUAAUUCACCCAAGCUGAGGAAGAUUCAACAGCCAGGAGGAAAGAGACUACACUUCUGAACGAUUCAAAGAAGGCUGUGAAACUGUGCUAACACAGAGAGAUCCAAGGCAACGUUCUCAAUCACACGUAAAGACGCUUUAAUACUCCUCUCCACAAAUCCCUGAUACAGGAAAAAACAAAAAACAAAGCAGCGGCGGACGUGAAAGGCACAGAGACUGAACAGGUCAGGAGUUGGGCACCAACAUGGCAGCCGAGAGUCUUGCUGAGCUUCGCGAUUGGCUCUUUCUGCUCCUUCUGGUCCUCACUUUAUUGGCUGAGGUGCUGGAGUUGGCGGCGGCAGCAAUUGCCAUGGAGACAGGCGAGGGAGACGACGGCAUUGUUUGUCCCUCAGUGUGCCGCUGCGACGAGGGCUUUGUCUACUGCAACGACCGUGGCCUGAGCAUAAUUCCUCCAUUGCCAUUAACGGCUGCCAUCCUCUACUUGCAGAGCAACCGGUUGAGCAACGCCGGGCUGCCUCAGUCACUGGAACGCAGUACUUCCAUACGAGUGAUUUAUCUGUACGCCAACCAGUUGGAUGAAUUUCCUAUACACCUCCCACCUUCCUUAAAGGAGCUCCAUUUGCAGGAUAAUAAUAUACGAACGUUACCUCGAUCAUCUCUGGCUAAGUUACCGUUACUUGAACGUUUACACCUGGAUGAUAAUUCUAUAUCUACAGUUAGCAUCCAGGAGAGAGCUUUUUCUGGGACUCCACGGCUUCGGCUGCUGUUUUUGUCUCGGAACCACCUCUCAAGCAUCCCUGCGGGCCUACCAGCUUCACUGGAAGAGUUACGACUAGAUGACAACAGAAUCAGCACCAUUCCUACACAUGCGUUCCGCGGGCUCUCUUCCCUGCGACGUUUAGUCCUGGAUGGGAACCUGCUAGCCAACACGCGCAUUGCAGAUGACACCUUUUCUCGUCUCUCUAACCUGACGGAGCUGUCACUAGUCAGGAAUGCCUUGCAGUCUCCACCAGUCAACCUGCCCUCAGCCCACCUUAUUCGAUUGCAUUUGCAAGACAACGGAAUGACCCACAUACCGAGAGGGGCACUGGAUGGGAUGCGGCAUCUGCAGAAGUUGGAUCUGUCAGGAAACAAUUUGACCAGUCUCCCUCGGGGACUUCUGAGAGACACUGAAAGCCUGGAGCUUCUGCUACUUAGAGGAAACCCCUGGUACUGUGGGUGCAACCUUCGCUGGCUGCAUGCUUGGCUUCAUGGACGAGGGUCAGCAGUGACGGUUAGAGGUCUCGCCUGUCAGGGACCUGAGCCAGUAAGGGGCCAGAUACUGCGAGACCUAACAUCACUGAUGGAACAAUGUGAAGGCCCUCCUGCCGGUCCCAGUCCUGGAGUAGGGAUGAACCCAGCAGAGAAAGAUGGAGAGGAUGAAGUUGGAGGAAGCCAAGCAGUUUCUUCUAGUAGCACCACAACUGCUUCUCUGUUGGUUCCCACACAAGGCUCCCUCUUUACUCUGAGAGUCAAGCGACCUGGCCUCAUUAUGCCUUUUCCUCCAGGAGAAGGUGGACAGAUAUCUGGAGAGGCCUUAGAGCUGACUUUAAAACCUCUCUCUUCUGACAGUGUAUUGGUGAGUUGGCUGUGUCUGCAGCCAGCACCCUCCUUCCGCCUUUCAUGGCAGAGACUGGGUAGCAGUGCAGCUCUUGGUUCAAUAACAGAAACUUUAGUUCCUGGAGAGAGAAGGCAGUAUCUCCUCACCCAGCUCACCCCACGCUCCCAUUACCUCAUCUGCCUGCUGCCGCUACGACAGGAGGCCUCCUUUGGCAGCUCCAGUAUGGGUGCGUCUCGAGCUGGCAGCAUGGACACAGACAUCAAAUACUCAGCUCCAGCCUGUGCUCAGAUUGAGACUGGAGAGACUGUGGUCAGCUCUGGAGGGGUGGGAUCAGAAAAGGAGGGACAGGACUUAGAGCUAACAGCCCUGCCUCUGGCUGGGAUUAUAGGAGGUGCCACAGCGUUGGUAAGCCUGCUCCUAAUCUUUGGCAUCUUCUGCUGGUAUGGACAGAGAUCAGGUUACAUGUCCGGGGACUCAGGUUCAUACAGCAGAGGCCGGGGUGGAAAACAUUACGAUGACUAUGUAGAGUCAGGCACCAAGAAAGACACUUCCAUCCUAGAAAUCAGGGCUCCCCCGGCAGGGUUUCAGAUGACAGCUAUGGCCCAUCAGUCCCUGCAACCUAAGCUGGAGGAUGUCACCUACAUUCACACCAUUUUCCCAUCCUCCUCCUCCUCUCAAGCUAAUGGGACGUACCGGAGCAGCCAUGGAGCUGGCAGCCUCAAUGGCACCAUCAUCAGCCAAACCAGCCACCAUCAUGCCACUUAUGGCACCAACCGUGGUUACAGAGAGGCUGGCAUCCCUGACAUAGAUUACGCCUACACGUGAUGAUGCAAGGAUGCUCUUUUUGAGCCACGAAAGCCUCUCGGCUUGUGGCAUUUUGUCCUUGGUUUCCAAAGUACCCUCCGUGCCUCUGCUGGUUUGAUUCUGAUUGGUUUGCUUAGUAGAUAAGACUGAUUUGAGCUAUGAUGAUGGGACACUGCUACUGAGUGACAGAAGUAAGGGUCCCACUAUACUCUUCUACUGUAUCCUACGAAGUACAGUAGGGUCUUCUUUCAGCACUGCUUAUAGUUAUAAAUGGUUAAGUUUCCUCUUUUGGAUUUCUCAGUGUCUUUCAAGCCUUCUCAGCUCAUAAUACUACAGAGUAACUUAUUUGAGGUUGAUAUACUAGGCUUAGCUGAUUUAGCGGGAGAUAUAUUUAUAAUAUGAGGAAAAAGGCACUUGAUGUGUAUAGAGAUAGCACUCGUAUCUUCCUACCAACUGUAAGCUCUGUGCUGUGUAGAUAAAAGAGAUAACGGAAGGAGAAAUCAAUGGUUGUUAUAACCCACAGAUGACAAUGCAUCAUGGUUGACAUGAAAAUAUGUGUUACUAGUUCCCUCCUUUCCUCUGGUUUACUCCCCUUCUUUUUAAUUUAUCCAUCUCUCCACCUCUUAUUCUGUUUAUUUUUUAGAUUUUCUUUUAGAGCUAAGGCUCUUUUCCUUUUAUUCUUCUCCUCUCGUGUCUAUUGUGGUGCUGUGAGCAGAGGACGACUUUGUUCUCGCCAAGGGAGCUGACAGCAGUGAUAACAGCUCUGACAGAGACGGAAGACACAAACCACAGCAUGGGUAGACUAAUGAGUGGGAAAGAGAGAGAAAGUGAUGGAUAGAUGGGUGGAAAGAGAAGAAGAACAUAAAAAGGAGACGAGGGGGAACAGAGAAGGGUGCUGUUUGGGGGAUGUAGUAUCUGAGAGGUGUGAUGCUGACGGAGAAGAAAGAAAUGGGAGUUAAGUUUAGAAAAAAAAUGGCGUGUGACCAAUGAAGUGGCAGGAGGCAAAAAAGACAACAAAAGGGGAAGAAAAUUGGGGGGGAGAAGGCUGACAACUGGAAUAAUGUGGUGUGAUCCAGAAACGGAUGAAGUUAUGCCCAGAUUGUGUCCACUGCACUCAAAAAAUAUGAGUGAUAAAAGACUGCAUGCUAUUUUCAAAACGUCUUUAUGAUUAUUAUGAGGAAAAUAAUUUUAUAAAUAACACAAAAACACGAAGAUGGGAAAGGCCAGUCAACCAAAGGAUAAAAUGAUUGCCAAGACCACAAGACAAAUUACAAGCUUGAGAACAGUAAAUAAGAAAAAAAAAUCUCUGAACUUAGAAGAACUGCAUGAACCCAGUUUUGGCCAUGGUCUGGUCUUAGAUUUAAUCGUCUUUUCAAGUGAAGAGAAAUAAACUAAUCAGACAUCUUUUAAUAGAAGCCCAUAUAUCUUUCAGAGGAGACAUUUUAAUGGAAAAUAAAAUUUAGCAGCUGGAGCUUUUUCUGGAGGAUGCUAAAACAACUGAGCUCUGAGACUCAAUCAUAACAUCUGUGUUCAGGUCAAUUAAAAAGCCUGGUUAUUAUUGUUUUUCUUUUUUAAUAGGAAAAUAAGUGGAUAUUGUAAUAUUAAAUGUGAUUUUACAUUGUGACAUUUAUGUACUGAGACAGUGAUUGGAAAACGUAUAAAUAAAGACAAAGAAAAGUUUACCUUUGAAUUUUUAAUAAACAAAAACCUGAAAUAACUGUACUUUAUUACAAUGUUCCACUUUUUUGUCUGAUUUUAAAGUCAUAAUAGCACCAAGUAGAUUUCACAGUGCAAACAUUUUCCAACAAUUGAGUAAUUUUAUGAGUUAAAAUCCUGAACAUUUCUUCAUUUUAACAUUAAUUUUAUGUUUUUGUUUAUUUUCUUAAUUCGGCUUUAAAAAAAACAUUAAAAGAAGCACCAGUGGCUUUAAUGCACUUAUCUCACAACUAUCCCUUUUGUUUAUUUUUUUACCAAAUGGCUGAUUUAAAUAAACAAUAAAAUAGCAGCUUCAUAAACCUGUUAUGUCUCAUUGUCAUCUGCUCACAAAAAAAACUUUAAUUUGUAUAAAAUUAAGUUUAAUUAGGAUAUUGUCCUGAUACAUUCUCAAUAAUCCAAGUAGAAAAACCUAACAAGGUUGAUUCAGGUCCUCUGGACAAGGUUUUCUUUGUUGAAACGUUUUAACCAAAAGACUUUUUCAGUUUAGAGAGUUGCAGGCAAACUCAGUUUUAUAAGUGCAUCUUUGUGAAGCUACUGCUAAUAAGACUCAGUUUGCCUGCAACUCCUCUGCCUGCUGGCUUUUGGAAAAAAAAACGUUUAACGAUGAACCUGUCCAGACGACCUGACUCAACUUCGUUAGUUAAUUGGGAAAUCAAACCAACCUAAAAAAAAAAAAAAAAAAAAAAAAAAACGUGUCUAAUAUAAGCUGAUGAAGUGCUGGCAGUGAAAUACUUUUGUUGACUCAGGUUGUCCAGUUUUAUGGCCUUAGCGCAGCAUAAACACAGUUCUGUUAACAGGGAUUGCAGCUCGACCGCCACACUGUGCAUUUCAACACGAACCACGGCCACGGGGAAAGCGGCACCUGCUCUCUGACUGCCUCUCACUAAUAACCCCAAACUGAAGGAGGACUAUAAAAGAAAAAAUAUAUAGGUUUUAAAAGCAUCCAGAUUUAAAAUAAAUGGGAAAGAUGAUAGAAAGAGAUGAGUAAAGAGCAAGGACUUAGAGAGGAGAUUUAGAUAUAGCCUUUAAGUGUUGAAACCCAUUCUUUCUUUUAGUAGUACUUUGUCUCUUUUGCAUCCUGUGUUACUGUGUACCAAUAAUAAUGGAGGAGCUCCAGUGUGAUUUUUUUUUAGUUUCUUUAUAUCUAUAUUUGCUUUUUUUAAUUCAGUUUUUAAGAGCACUGAAGCUACCAUCUAUUCUUUCUAGAAAUACUUUCCUGUAAAAAUAAAAACAAAACAAAAAAAAAACCUCAGAUGUGAUAAUGAAAACACUCUUAUGUAUAAACAUAAAAAUGGGUGCGAAAAGCUGUUUCAUUUAUUGGUCUGUCGUCUUUUUUUUCUACACAGAUGAAUAAAGACUUCUAAAAAGAAAA